GCGAGCCCCUACCGGAGAUACCGGGAGGCAGUAGCGUUACAGAGCGAAUCCCAGCCGCCCGCCCCGGAGAAGCCAAACGGAAGAAGGUGCACUGUGAGCCACCGUGAAACGCCGUGCUGGAAACAAACGAUGCGAGCGCUGCUCACCGCCGCCCAGUAACCUACACAACCGACGAGUGGAGAAGAAGAGAACCGUUACCGUGAUUUACCGACUGAAAAACAGAAGCGACACGGAGGACGGACCCGCCGGUGAGACCACGCUCGAGAAACGAACAACUGCGGAGGCUACAGUGUGUUUUUUUGCGCCGUGGAUCAAACCGAGUGGAUCCUAGAUUUAAAUGCGUUAACGGUGCUGUGUCCCCGGCUUGAGAGCGAGCGAGCGAGAGAGAGAGAGAGAGAGAGAGAGAGGGAGCUGCCCCGAGAGCGAAAGAAAGACAGAGGGAUCACAGAAGGAUCGAAGAUAGCACAGAAAAAGGAGGAAAUAAAACAAGGAUUUGCAACCAGCUUUCAUUGAAUCCACCUAUUUUUUUUAAAUUUGCCAUUUCUUCCGUGGAUCCGGUACCGGUAACGCUAUCAAGCUGUGUUCUCUAACCAUGGGAUGUACUCUGAGCGCAGAGGAGAGGGCGGCUCUGGAUCGGAGCAAAGCCAUCGAGAAAAACCUCAAGGAGGACGGUGUCACCGCCGCCAAAGAUGUUAAACUGCUGCUGCUCGGGGCUGGAGAGUCAGGGAAAAGCACCAUCGUCAAACAGAUGAAAAUCAUCCACGAGGACGGUUUCUCUGGCGACGACGUAAAGCAGUACAAGCCUGUCGUUUACAGCAACACCAUCCAAUCCCUGGCCGCCAUCGUCCGUGCCAUGGAUACACUGGGCCUGGAGUACGGAGACAAAGAACGGAAGGCGGAUGCCAAGAUGGUGUGCGACGUGGUCAGUCGCAUGGAGGACACGGAGCCUUACUCCGCCGAGCUGCUGUCCGCCAUGAUGCGCCUGUGGUCCGACUCGGGCAUCCAGGAGUGCUUCAGCCGCGCCCGAGAGUACCAGCUCAACGACUCAGCGCAGUACUACCUAGACAGCCUAGAUCGGAUUGGUGCGACAGACUACCAGCCGACAGAGCAGGACAUCCUGAGGACCCGAGUGAAGACCACGGGUAUCGUCGAGACACACUUUACCUUCAAAAACCUCCACUUCAGGCUGUUUGACGUGGGAGGUCAGAGGUCGGAGAGGAAGAAGUGGAUCCACUGUUUCGAGGAUGUCACAGCCAUCAUUUUCUGCGUGGCACUCAGCGGGUACGACCAGGUGCUGCACGAGGACGAGACCACGAACCGCAUGCACGAGUCUCUGAAGCUCUUUGACUCCAUCUGUAACAACAAGUGGUUUAAGGACACCUCCAUCAUCCUCUUCCUCAACAAGAUGGAUCUCUUUGAAAAAAAGAUCAGCAAGUCGCCACUGUCCAUCUGCUUCCCCGAAUACACCGGACCAAACACUUACUUGGAGGGAAUAGCCUACAUUAAGUCUCAGUACGAGAGCAAGAACAAGUCGCCCAACAAAGAAGUCUACUCCCAUUCGACCUGCGCCACAGACACCAACAACAUCCAGUUUGUGUUCGACGCCGUCACCGAUGUCAUCAUAGCCAAUAACUUGAGGGGGUGCGGCCUCUACUGAUGACGCCUCUCGAGUUAAGCAGAUAGAUGAAAGGUGUUCUACGUGGUACGGCCCUGGUGAUGAUGAUGAUGAUGAUGGUGUCAUUACACGGCCGGCUAUUGGUCCAACUUGACUCGUAAUUGAUGAAUUCUUUCGGUCGAUUGGUUGGUUGGUUGAGACGACUUCUUUGAAUCCUUUUUUUUCUUUUUUCACUUCCUCCCAUCUGAAGUGCAGUGCUGCUGUACUUAAUGUGUGUGUGUGUGUGUGCGUGUGCGUGUGCGUGUGCGUGCGUGUGUGUGUGUGUGUGUGUGUGUGUGUGUGUGUGUGUGUGCCUGAACGCCAAAAUCUAUCACUGCAGAAAGAUGCACAGUAUCUACAAUGUUGCCUUUAUUGUCCUCCUGAAAAGUUGACUCUUCAGGGAUAUACGGUUCUAGUAUGAGAUGUAAAUGUACAUACUAGUAGUGCCUACUCAUAGAACCAGUGGAGCCUUCUACCUUGUAGUGUUUCUAAAUUGUUUAUAAAUUUAAUUUUAGUUUUAGACAAUCAGUCACAUGAAGUGCUGAUGUUAAAAUAUGUUCAGCUAGUUUCAAUCAGGGUCCAGUUCAAUUCACUCCAUUGAGAUGAAAGAAGAGAUGUUCUCUUCAGAUUAAAUUACGUGUUUGAGACAUGAAAGUGUUGACAAAAUGAUGUCUCGUACUGCCAAGAAGUAACUGAAAGAAAGUGUCUAGUGGUAAUGAGCAUACGGCCAAGAACCUUUAUUGAACCCCCUCCCCCACUUCUCCCUAUCUGUAACCAUGCUUCAGCAAACUAGCUUCAUUACUUUGUAUAUGUUUUAAUAUUCAUUUAGUUUUGUUUUCUGAUGGUGCACUUACCCAUGAGCUUUUUACUGCAGCACAUCCAAAUCAUUAAUAGUAAAUACAUUACUUCAUAGACAUUAUGAACUCAAUCAUCAUAAAUAAACACAGAAAAAAUAGAAUAAUAUUGAAGUGAUUCAGAGUUAAUAAUCAUAUCAUAUCAUAGCUGAGCUUGUUGAUGAGUGAGGGUGGAGAAUAGUGAACAAUGUAAUCUGGUGCAUUUUGAAAAUGACUAUAAUGAAAUAAGUUAUUUGACUUUUUAUCAAUUUGUGUAUUUUUUUCAGUAUUUAUUCACAUGACUGUUUAGUUCAUAAUGUCUUUAUUCAUUCAAUAUUGGUGGUUUGACGGCCGUGUUAAACAUGAUGCCUUGCUAUACUUAACAAUUCAGCAAUUAGUUGAAGUAGAAAGGUUUCGGUUAAUAAACUAGUGAGCCUCAAGUCAGCUCCCAUAGAGCAAAGCCUCGCUACUUUAAAAGCUUUUUGGAGGAGAGGGAUUAUCAGAGUGGACUGAUGAUACUGAAUGUAAUGAGAACAAAGGUAAUCCAAGUUAUGCUACAUGAAUAUUGAUUUGUAGUCUUCACCUUUUUUUAUAUUUUUUUAUUCAUAUCUGACUGAAUUUUGGAUCUGUGGCACUUUGGUGACUUUGGUCCAAUUUAAAUAAAGAAAUGAUUAAAUUUGCUCUCCUAUUUUAAACAUCACUAGGUUUGUUUCCAUCCCCAUGUUUAAAAUUGAGAAAGUUUUUACAUUUGGUUGAGUUGGAAAAGUUUGCAAUUCAAUAAAAGCAAAACAUGACCAUAUAGCAAAAUGCGACAAAGUACGACUGAAACAGAUAUAGCGAAUAAAUCAUGACGUACGUGAGUCAUGUGACUUAGACGUCUGCUCCACUAAAAAGAUGGAGACAUUGAGUAAUACAGGAAACAAACAUUUCCAAAUAGUUCAUAUUUCCAUCAUGUGUUCUACAUUUUUAUAACAUUGAGAUGUGUUUUUUUAAUAACAUCAUAUUGUUGUGCACUCUUCUUCUUAUGCUGAUGAUGGUGAUGUAUAUUUUGACAAACCAAUUACAAAUAUUCGUAAAACUGCGAUUGAUGGAAAUGUGAAUUAAUUGGAAAUAUGUCAGCUGGUCGGCGGCUUUAAUCAGAAUGCAUCAGAAUAAAUUAAAAGAUUGAAAGAUGUUUUAAUUACCCAGAUUUAUACGGAUAUAAGUCGAUGACAAAUUUAUACAGAAAAAGAAUCCUAAGAAAUAUUUGAUGUCAUUUGACUUAAAGUGAUGGUUCGGCGUAAUUUCGACCUAGCGUCAUACGCACCAUGAGGUCUCGC